UCAGAUAAGUUGAUCGAUCGAUCGAGAACAGUGCCUGGGCCAUCAAUCUUUACAAAGGAAACUACUUAUAAAUCGAUUGCAAUCGUCAACGGAUCCCGAAGGAAGUCGCAUAACAAGCAACAGGUUAUAAGAUAAUAACAAGCCAUGUUGAGCGAGAAGAUUCCAGCCCUGUUCAUCGUGUUGUGCAUGAUGACAUUGCACGGGAAAGAGGUCAUUGGUGCCACGUACUACAUGGAUGACAGUGAUAACGAUUGUGGUGCUGCAACACAGACCGUGUACUCCUAUUCCCAUACCGUGAAAGCAUGGGAGGACAGUCUGAACAAACCCUCCCUGCCGAGCAGGACGUGCACUUUGUAUUUUGAUACUCUCUCCAGUUCAACAAGAGUGAAAGUAACCUUCCUGACUGGUUCUUAUUUUAAUUGUGGAACGACCUUAACCUUCUAUGACGGUUCUAGCACAACAUACAGCAAUAAGUUGAGGACAAUGACCUGUGGAGACUAUUCCACAUCGGCCAUUUAUUCCACGUCCAGAUACCUCACUGUGAAGCUGACAACUACGAGUACGAGUACUAACUACGACUUCACUUUCUACGUUUCCGAGGUUAGCAGUGGCAGUAGUACAGUGGCAUACGUCAACGUAGGUGGUAUCAUUGGCGGACUGGUCAGUACUAUCAUUACCGUGAUAUUCUUCAUCUGUAUAUGUAGAUGCAUCUGUAAAAGGAGAGAAAGGCAGACGACAGUGGUAUACAGAGAAAGGGAACGGUCAAGUACGCCGAGUGUGAAUGUGACCGUGAAUUCAUCCAACUCCAUGUCUAACAUCAAUGCCCCACAGAUAGCCCCGCAGAUGAUCAAUCAAGGGAUCGGGUACAUGGCUCAGCCACAGCCGGCGUACCUGCCUCAGCCACCGGUUGCCUACCCGCCACCGCCACAGCCAGGCGGGUACCCCCAGCAGCCUCCUCACAACCCACAAAUGGCACGAGCUGCCCCUGAUGCUCCACCCCCUUACCCAGGGGGACAUCCGGCACAGUAUCCCAAGUAUUGAUGUUUGAUCAAGUGCAUUCCAGAUAA